CAAAUGUGAGACCUAAAACGUUAUUUAUUUUAAUUUUUCCAAUAAUAAUUGUUUGACAAGAAAACGUUUCAGUGAAUCCUUUGACAAGAAAACAAACUUACGAGAAAAACUUUAUAAGUUCUCUCUGAGUCGCUGAAAUCUAAAGUUCAAUUAAACACAGCAACUAAAUCAACCAAUCAAGCUAUCCUCAAUCACCAUGGCUCCAUCUCUACAAUCCACCCCUUCACUGCUCACCUUCACCCUCGUUCUCGUUCUAAUCUUAUUGGGCCAGGGCCCAACCCAAACUCAAGCCCGAAAGCCCCAUAUCAUCAAUUUCCGAUCCCCAAAUCUCUACCCGGAAGGAAUCACGUGGGACCCAUCGGCACAGCACUUCAUCGUCGGUUCCGCACGUGACCGAACCCUUGUAUCGGUAUCCGAUGCCGGCGUCGCCGAAACUCUAAUUUCCGAUACCGAUUUACCCGAGAACGUCACCAUCCUUGGCCUCGCCAUCGACACCGUCAACAAUCGCCUCCUAGCCGCCAUCCACGCUGUUGAACCGCUCCCUCACUUCGACGCUCUCGCCGCCUACGACCUUCGUACGCGCCGCCGAGUUUUCCUCUCUACCCUUCCCACCGAAGGAGAUGAUGUCACGCGCCAGACUGCAAACGCCGUUGCGGUUGACUUUAAGGGCAACGCUUACGUUACCAACUCCAUCGGGAACUAUAUUUGGAAGGUUAACGAUCGAGGAGAAGCCUCAAUUUUUUCCAAGUCGCCGGUCUUCAGUGCUACUCCUGUUGACCGGGAAUUACCGUUCAGCUUCUGCGGCUUAAACGGCAUCGUUUACUCGAGCAAGGGUUACCUGUUGGUGGUUCAGAGCAACACCGGAAAAAUGUUCAAAGUUAACGAGGAAGAUGGUAAGGCCAGGUUGGUCCUGCUAAAUGAAGACAUGCCUAUGGCCGAUGGAAUGGCUAUCCGGAGAGACGGCGUCGUUUUGGUGAACUCGCCGAAGAAGGUUUGGAUGUUGAAAAGCCAAGACAGUUGGGGAGAAGGAGUGGUGUAUGACAAAAUUGACCUUGAUGAGGAGCGGUUUCCCACUUCGUUGACUGUGGGGAAUGAUGGGAGGGUAUAUGCGGUAUAUGGACAUGUGUUGGAGGCUUUCUUGGGAAAUUGGGGCAGGGAUAAUUUUGGAAUAGAGGAAAUUAUGUCAGUGAAGGAGAAUGUAGAAGAUAGUGUUUGGAUAUUUGUGUUAGUUGGGUUGGGUUUGGCUUAUUUCAUGUUUUGGAGAUUCCAGAUGCGCCAACUUAUCACCAAUGUUGACAAGAAGACUAACUGAUAUGUUUCUCCUUUCCUUCUUUAUUAUGCCACUUUUGGUUUUAUGCAAUAUGAUUAGUUUUUAUUUACGAAAGACAUUUAUAUUGGAAUUUCAAAUAUUGCACUUCUUUA